GAUCUCCUGGACUCAUUGCCCACUGAACUAUCUCAGCAGUUGAAGGCUCGCGUAGAUCGAGCUUUGCUCGAGUUUAUGCGGCCGAAUUCUGCGUCUCAGUUUGCGCAGGAAGCUCCUGAGUUGGCCAAAUUCCGUGAGGCCAUCGCGCAGAACGAUUCGACGGAUGAUAGGGAACUCUUACGCAUCUUUCGAGAAUUUGUCCCUACUACAAACUACGAACCUUACCGGCCGUUCAUAGCAAAGUUUUUGCGACCCCUUGCAAGGAGGCUGAUGUCAAGAACAUGUUCGCCCCAGGACUUCCCUACUUCCUCGCCAUGUCUAGCAUGACAUCUGGCAAAUCAGUGAAGACAUUUCCAAAGUAUCUGCCUCCCUCGCACCUGCUCCAACACUCUCUUUAUCUGGCGCUUGCCCCGUCAGAGGGAACCAUCUUAUCACCGUCUUCUCUGAAGUAUCCGCAAAUCUUAACAAUAGAUUGCGAAGACGGUCAAUCCAAGCAGGUGACAGUCUGCUCGUUGAGCAUCGGUUUUCUGCGAAUGGCAAUGAACUGGGACGUCGAGCAUGACAACGAGAGGCUCGACUUAUGGCUGCCGGGACAAACAGAUCCAUAUGCGAUCUCCUUGGUUAAGAGCUAUCGGGCAUUCUUCGUCUUGAAUGCUCUGUUUGCACUGGCAGACCGUCGGGUGACAACCAUCCGGUUCUUCUUCGCCAACGUAUUCGUCAUUUUUCUGCAGUAUAUAGAGGAUGAAUGGUCUCUACUCAUCGACUGCAUCGAGAAAGGCAUCAUCCCAGAUGUGGAAAACCUGGGCCAUUUGCGAGCACCUUUGGAGAAACUGUUUGAGCCAGAUCCUGUUCGUGCUGCCGAACUUCUGGAAAUCGGACCUCCUGGUAUCCAGGGUUGGGCAGUCCGCGUGUGGCCUGACCUGACAAGGUUUAUUGGGAUCACCGGAGGGCCUGCUGCUGCCUCCGUUCCCAAGAUUACUCAUGCCCUCGGACCUUCUGUCUUCACCCAGUCUCCUGGUUAUGGUAGCUCAGAGGGCGGCGUCGCCAUAACAUACCACAAAGGCGACCCUAACACUGAUUACAAGGUGGUGUUGGUGGAUGUGGUCACCGAGUUUUUGGACGUGCAUUCCAACGAACCCUCGGAGCGUGUACUGUCCAUUCAUGAACUCAUAACUGGAGGACAUUACGAGCCCAUCUUGACGACUCGCAAUGGCUUGUGGAGAUAUCGUAUGGGUGAUGUCGUCACCGUUAAAGGCUUCGCUCCAGAUGACGGGUUGCCCGUCAUCAGUUACCUUCACAGGCGAGAAGGUGGAAUUGUGAUGGCAUUCGGAACGACGUGCACCGAGUCCCAAUUGACGACCGCGAUCGUCUCUGCCGCCAAUCGGUGGAUCGGCCAAAUCAUAGAUUUCACGAUUGUAGGCGACGACCGAGACACUCCUAUCACUUAUGGGUAUUUGGUAGAAAUUGGAGGGGAAAUAGGAAAGGAGGCGAGAAUGGCGAUACAGCAAACUUUUGAAGAACUCAUGGCGGCAAACAACGAGUUUCGGACCGCUUUCUGGCAAGGCAGAGCAAGAAAGCCGACCAUUCGUCUCUUGAAGAAAGGUACCUUUACAGAAUAUCGCAGGCAGAAAUGCGACAAAACAAGCAUCUCGAUAUCGCAAUUGAAGGUUCCCGUCGUCCUAUCCGACCAAAUUUUUAGGGAAUGGUUCCUGGAAAGAGUUACGAUUGAGCUGUAAGGGAGUCUGAUAUCAAGUUGUCUAUACCAUCUCAUCUUCGACGGCUGGCACGUCUACAACAGCCGGCGGGAACGGCGGACUGGUGGGGGUACGCUCUACACCAGGGCAUUUGCGCACACAGUGAUGCACUUAGGGACACAGGUGUCCUUUAAGCUAGUAGAUAGUUGUUCUCCAUAGAGUU